AUGGCAAGCCAGGACACUCCUGGGAGCUACAGAAAUGAGAGCAAAAUACAGAAAGCAGAUUUCACUUGGGUGGUGAAAGCCAAUGACCGUGCUUACCACGAUCAGUUUCAGAAGAAUUAUGCGUGGUGUUUGAAGAGGAAGAAAUACGCGGGAAACACCAUCAAGACAGCCAAAUACAGUAUUCUGACUUUUCUCCCACUCAACCUGUAUGAGCAGUUUCACCAGAUGUCUAACCUGUACUUCCUCAUCAUAAUUUUGCUGCAGACCAUCCCUCCGAUAUCCACCCUUCCUUGGUUUGCCCUCCUGUUUCCGCUCGUGCUCCUGCUUGGGAUUCGAGGGAUUCGGGACCUGAUAGACGAUGUUGCACGGCACCAGAGCGACUGGGAAAUCAACAGUCGGCCCUGUGAGAUUUUGAUGGGAGGGAGCUUCAAGCAGAAGCAAUGGCGCGACAUAUGCGUGGGUGAUAUUGUUUGUCUCCGCAAGGACAGCUUUGUGCCGGCUGACCUUCUUCUCCUGUCCAGUUCGGAGCCAAACAGCCUCUGCUAUGUAGAAACAAUGGACAUUGAUGGAGAGACGAAUCUGAAAUACAGACAAGCCCCACUGGUGACACACGAGCUUCUGGCCAGUGGGAAAAGCAUGGCCGCCUUUGACGGGAAGGUGAUGUGCGAUGAGCCAAACAGCCGGAUGCACAGCUUUGUUGGCACUUUGGAGUGGCACGGGGAGAUGUACUCUCUCGACAACGAGAAGCUAUUGUUGCGCGGCUGCAGAAUACGCAAUACAGAAGUGUGCUACGGCCUUGUUAUUUAUGCAGGCUUUGAUUCCAAAAUCAUGAAAAACUGUGGCAAGAUCAAGCUGAAGAAAACCAAACUCAACUGCCUUAUGGACCGUCUUGUAAUCCUGAUCACAGUGGCCCUCGUUUUGGCCUCCCUUGGCCUUGCUGUUGGCUCGGGAGUUUGGGCCAACAAGUUUUACCAGGAGCAUAGCUACCUGUUUGCGUUCUACGACCAGAACAGCGCCAUCAAGUAUGCCUUCUUCGCGUUCUGGGGAUUCCUCAUCCUCCUCAGCCUUGUGAUUCCAAUGUCCAUGCUAAUCACGUUUGAGUUCAUCUACCUGGUGAACAGCUGUUUCAUUAACUGGGACUUGGAAAUGUAUUAUGCGCCAAAGGAUACUCCAGCCAAAGCCCGGAGUACUAGUCUUAAUGACCAGCUGGGGCAGAUAGAAUUUGUAUUCUCCGACAAGACUGGCACCUUGACACAGAACAUCAUGUCCUUUAAGAAAUGUUGCAUCAAUGGAACCAUCUAUGGUCCGGAUAAGAACCCCAAGGACAGCUUGGCGGAUGCUCCUUUGAACUGGAACAAGUAUUGGGACAGGAAACUGGAAUUUUAUAAUGCUUCACUCCUGGAUACCAUCCAGAGGGAUGGCAAUCCUUUGGUGCGGGAAUUCCUACGUCUGCUUGCCCUUUGCCACACAGUCAUGGUGGAGGAGAAAGACAGAAGAAAGUUGCCAGAUCAAGUACUUUAUCAGGCAGCCUCCCCGGAUGAAGAAGCCUUGGUGAUGGCCGCCAGGAAUAUGGGCUAUGUCUUUCUCUCCCGAACCCCGGAAAGCAUCACCAUUAGUGAGCUGGGCGUGGAAAGGACCUACGAAGUGUUGGCGCUGCUGGAUUUUAACAGUGUGCGCAAACGGAUGUCCAUCCUUGUGAGAGACCCUGAAGGCCACAUCAAACUUUACACCAAGGGGGCUGACACCGUGAUCUUGGAGAGACUUCACUGCGACCAGGCUACGGAAGGUUGCACCAUCAAGGCGCUUAAUAGUUUUGCUGCAGAGACCUUGAGGACUCUGUGCUUAGCUACCAGAGAGGUUGACGAACAGGAGUACGCCCUGUGGAGCAAGAACCACCACGCUGCCACCAUCCUGUUGCAGGAUCGUGCCCAGGAGCUUGACAAGCUCCUGGGUGCCACAGCAAUUGAGGACAAGCUGCAAGACGGGGUGCCUGAAACCAUUCAGCUGCUCAAACGGGGGGACAUCAAAGUGUGGGUGCUGACAGGAGACAAGCAAGAAACAGCGGUCAAUAUUGGUUUUGCAUGUCAACUCCUUUCGGAUGAUAUGGCUAUCCUGGAAGAGAGUGAUAUCAGUGAGAUCCUGAAAGAACCAUGGCUCAGCAAAAGCAGCUUACCUGGCAGUGAAGAAGCUCUUUGCGACGAAGGCUCUUUCCCACCAACCCAGGCCUUCUCGAGGCAUGACAAGAAAGCCCUGGUGGUCACGGGGGACUUCCUAGAGAAAAUCUUUUAUGUGGAGGGGGAGAAGAAGACAACUGGGAAGAAAGGCCUUUGGGAGCGCUUUGGUUGCAGCCGUGCAAACUCUGGCAAAGAUCAUGAGAGCUUGGUGGAAAAAGCCUUUGUGGACCUGGCCAUGAUGUGCCAGGCGGUGAUCUGUUGCCGGGUGACUCCCAAGCAGAAAGCCCAGGUGGUCCAGAUGGUGAAGAGACACAAGGACGCCAUCUCCUUGGCCAUUGGAGAUGGAGCCAAUGACGUCAACAUGAUUAAAACUGCCGACAUUGGGGUUGGGAUCAGCGGGCAGGAAGGGCUGCAGGCGGUGCAGUGCAGCGAUUACGCCCUGGCCCAGUUCCGCUACCUGCAGCGCCUCCUUUUCGUCCACGGCCGAUGGUCCUACAUCCGGAUCUGCAAGUUUCUGCGCUACUUCUUCUUCAAGACCUUUGCCGGCAUGAUGGUGCAGAUCUGGUUCGCUUUCCAUACGGGAUUCACGGCGCAGCCCCUGUUGGAGGGUUGGUUCCUGGCCCUCUAUAAUGUUUUCUACACUUCGUAUCCGGUGCUGUGCAUGGGGUUAUUUGAGCAGGAUGUGAGUGCCAAGAAAAGCUUGCAGUUUCCAGAGCUGUACAAGGUGGGCCAGAAAAGCCAGCUUUUCAGUUUCCGAACUUUCUGCAUGGCUUUCGUCCACGGCUCUCUCGUCUCCCUGGCCAACUUCUACAUCACCCUCUGGGUCAUGCAGGAUCGAGCCAGCGUGCAGGUCGCUGGUGAUAUACAGUCCUUUGCCAUGAUAAUAGCCACCUCGGCCAUUUUGACCGUCAUCAUUGAGAGUAUGCUAGAGAUCAAGUUCUGGACUGUCUUCUCCACGCUUGCAAUCGUGGUCAGUCUUGGCUUCUACUGCCUGUUCACCUACCUUACCCAAAGCUUCUUCGCCUACAAAAUGUAUCCUGAUGCCUUCCCAUUCCCCGAUGCCACCAGGAACGCUCUGACAGACCCCAUGGCGCUGCUGGUGGUCUCACUGUGUGUUGUGGUGAACAUCCUUCCUUCCCUCGUCGUCCGCUUCGUGCGGAGUGUGGCGGAUUCCAUGAGCAUGUCGGAGAGAUUUCAAGCCCGGGGAAUGAAAGCAAGUCAAAAGACGGUGGAGCUGGUUUCUCACAUCCGGAGGAACACCCUGCAGAGACGCUCCGCGUAUGCUUUCUCUCAUGUGGAAGGCUAUGCUGACCUCAUCUCCCGAGGAGCCAGUCUGCGGAUCAAGGCCCACAAGGCCCACGGCCAAGUGGGCAGCAUUCUGAGCACUCCUUCGCCCACCGUGCCGAAGCCCUCCGCUCCCCCAGUGCCUGCACAGCAGAAGAGCGUGACCUGUUGA